AUGGCGCGAUCAAUGUUAAUUUAUUCAGAAUUACCGAAAUUCCUGUGGGCAGAAGCAGUAAAUACAGCAGUCCACAUUCGUAAUAGAUGUCCAACACAUGCUUUACAGUACAAUAUAACACCUUUCGAGUGCUGGUAUGGUUAUGAGCCAGAUGUCAGCGGACUACGAAUUUUCUGUAGUACAGCUAUAGCUUUAAAGAAAGGACCAAGUCAAGGAAUAGUCAUGUCGACUCAAAUGAACAAUCAUAAACUUUAUAAUACGUCAAAGUCACAUGAAAAAGAAGUCAGUGAUUCAGUUCGUAAUGGUCAUAAAAAAGUAGAGCCUAGUCAUAUUGAACUACUUAAAGUUCUUGGUCAAGGUUUAUUAUGA